UCUGUCACAUUGCACAAAAGCAAAACAACUCUUCGAGUAGCUAGCUAGUCUGCUAGUGUACUGUCAAAGCUAGCUUGGAGAUUCUGUGAGACUUUGUGCAAGUUGCAAGAUGGUUAAGCAAAAGAUUGUCCUCAAGUUGGCUCUGGAUGAUGAGAGGAAGAGGAGGAAGGCCUUCAAGGCUGCCGUUGGCAUGUCAGGCGUGACAUCCACGGCAAUGGAGGGGGAAAAGAUCAUCAUCGUCGGGGACGGCGUCGACCCGAUCACGCUGACGACGGUGCUCCGGCGCAGCCUAGGCUACGCAGAGCUUCUCAGCGUGUCGUCCGGCGACGACAAGAAGAAGGACGGCUACGGCGCCGCCUACGGGUACGGCGCCGGCGAGAAGAAGAAGGACGGCUAUGGAUACGGCGGCGACGGCGGCGGGAGCUUUGGCGGCAAGGAGGGUGUCGGUUCCAAAGGUGGCGGCGGCGGCGGCUACUCUCAAAACGCGGUUGCGCCGAUCACGUAUCAGCAGUACAACGCCAUGCCGUCCUACCCGGUUUACUCCUCCUACCCUGCUCCUCCUGCUUAUCAGCAUCAAGAACAGGAUCCAGGCUGCAGCAUUAUGUAGAUGUAGGUGUUAAUUAGGGAGAGAUAAUGCGUCGGCGAGGAGCAGGGCCGGGGUUUAGGCCAUGAUUGAUGGCAUGACCCAGAAGUUGGCCGAGAGAGGAGAGCGAUGUUGGCUGCCUGAGCACUGAGCAGUACGUAUGUACAGUACAGUACAGUACAGGUUGGUUGGUUGGAUCAGCAAUGGUUGUUUGGAGCGUGGUAACAGAUUGUACAGGAGGAAUGAAUAAAAGGAAACUCAG